ACUAACACUGUAUUUUUCCGCGUUUAAUGAAUGUGAAGGUCAUAUGGAUGAUUUGGAUUUACCAAAAGAUGCAAAAUACAAAAGCUUUAUUGCACAAGUUGAUAAGUCCCUCAAAAGUUUUGAAUAUUCUACGGAAUGGGCUGACCUUAUAUCUGCUCUGGGACGGCUGAUUAAAGUCAUUCAGUCAAAUACAAAAUGUGGUUACGUUCCUCGAAGCUUUGUUAUUGGUAAACGUCUCGCCCAAUGUCUUCAUCCUGCUCUACCGGCUGGUGUUCAUUGCAAAGCAUUAGAAUGUUAUGAUGUAAUUUUCCGCACUAUUGGACCUGAACGUGUCGCCUAUGAUUUGUAUGUUUAUGGUCCAGGCUUGUUUGCACUACUCGAACCGUCUGCUAUGACGGUUAAAUCACCGCUGUUUGAUAUUUAUGAAGAACACUUGCUUCCUCUUGGAAAAUUGCUUCAUCCAUCAUUUUUAGGAUUAUUAAAGGGCUUGCUACCGGGUUUGGAACCAGGCGCGGAAUUCUCUGAACGUGGAAAUCGAAUGUUAGAAAUGUUCAGUUCCUCUGUGGGAUCUGCAUUCUUUUAUACGUGUUUGUGGGAGCUUCUAAUUCGAUGUCCAUCUAUUCGACAAUAUGGAAUUUCAUUUAUUCUUAAUCAUUUAAAUAAACGUAAAUUAUUAAAUAAUCAAAGUUAUAUUUAUGGUUUAGAUAAAAAUAUUCUUGUAGAGAGUUUAUGUUGUCUGUUCGGUGACAGUGUUCUACUGGUACAACGGGAUGCUUUAGAUUUUAUUCUGUUAGCAUUACCAAUACAUUUUUAUUCGACAACAGAGUGUAAUCCAUUUCAGUUUAUCACUAGCCAAUCGUUAACAGUGAAAGAUUUCGCUAAGUUAUGCACAGCUUCAUUGUCUAUUUUACUACGCCGUGAUGCAUCUCUGAAUCGUCGUUUAUUUGUCUGGCUUAAAGGUGGUCAGUCAGUUGAGGGAAUGGUUAUGGAUAGUUUAGACAACCAAGUAGGUGUUAGCCAAUCAAUGACAUGGGCAGACAUAGUCAUGGAUAAACUGGAUGAUAAAGAUGUAUUGGCUUUAAAUGGUAAACAUGAAAGUAAUAGUCAACGUUAUUUUAAGCUAUACUCACAAAUAAUUCUUACAGAAGCUGUUCGUCGUUUAAUCCAUAAUCCGACUUGUUUACCUGUUCCAUAUCAGUUGAAUGAAAAUCAUUUGAACUUUUCUACUAAAUCUACAUUCGGAUCGGAUUUAUCUGCAUUAGUUAUAGAACGAAGUAUUUCAGAACGUCCAUUUCGUAUUUUAGUCGGUCUAAUUGAUCAUCCAGAUAUAGGUCAUGGUCUUUUAGAUAAUUUACUAUUAGAUAUAAUGUGGUAUACAUAUGAAAGUUAUUUCAAAUUACAUUGGCAAACUACAUGUUCUAUGAUGAAUUCAAUUCAAAUGCAAAAAUUAUCACAUCGUGAUUUCACAUUAACGAUAUCCAAUUUAGUAAAUCGACCAAGUUUAUGUGAUAAACAAUUACCAAGUAAUAUGAUCAAUUUAAUUAAAGAUUAUGUAUUCAUUCGUGAUAGUGUAAAAUCAUCUAGUUUACGAAUAGAUAAUCAAGAUAGAAAUUUAGAAUAUGAUGGAACAACUUUAAAUAAUACUAAUCAUCUAGCCGAUAGAGAAGAUUCAAUACCAUCAAGUGAUUCAAAUAUCAAGAAGCUUUCAACACAAAAUUCCAAUCAUCAUCAUCAUUAUCCAACUAUUACUACGAAUAAUAAUGUUGUUGAUGAGUUCCUGCGUACAUCUCAUUUAUUUUUCAGUAAUAUAAGUAGUGAAUUUUUAUGGAAAUUUAUUGAAAAUCAAUUUACUAAACUAUUGAAUGUAUCACCGACAGUAACAGUCAAUACAAUGAUUGGAUCCAUUAAAUGUGAUGAUUGGCAACAAUCAUCAUUGAAAUUAUCAUUCAAUCAAUGGUGUUCUAUCGUACAUUUCUUAUUGAAUUGUUUACCAAUGGAUAUGUAUCCUAAUGUUCGUGGUCAUUAUCUACCACAUUUAAUUACUCAUUUAACAAAUUGUUUAGUUGAAAAACUUCGAGUUAAUUGUGAACUACACUAUCAUGGUCAUCAAUCUUUAUUAUCACAAGAUGGGAGUUUCUUAGAGUAUAAAUUAACUUCUUUAGAAUGGGCUAGUAUAAUCAAUUGUUUAGAUACGAUUGUACAUCAUAUACGUGAGUAUGCAGUGACAGUAUUUGAUCAGUUAUCGAGUCCAGUCAAUCUUAAACGUCAAGUGGAAUCAUUAUCAUCAAAUAACAAUAAUAAUAAUAGUAGUAAUUUUAGUCAAUGUAAUGAGAUCAACAGUAAUUAUGGUGUUGCUGAUGGUCAGGAUAAUCAAAUUUCUGAGGAGUUAAUGAUGAUUGCUGAGGCAGUUGGUCAAUUUCGACGAUUUCUUGGUAUAUUCUGCAUUCAUGUCUUAAAUUUCUCACCAGUUAAAAUGAAUGAGUUUAUACAAAAAAUUUCUACGGAACCAUGUCAACAUGAUGGUAUCAUCAUUUCGUAUGAAGGAGAAAUAAACAAAAUGAAUGGUCAUAAUGAUGGUAACAAUGAAGAUGUACUUGACAAAGAAGGUGCUAAAGAAAAAUCACAUGAAAACUCCGUAUUAAAACAUAACCGUCAAGUGUCAUCAUCAUCAUCGUCUUCGAUCAGCUGCAUAGAUCUUUUUGCACAAAUUUGUCGUCUUAUUGUGGAAAUGUCUAGUUUCCCUUUGUCUAUUAUACAUCAGUGUAAAAAUUCAUCAAUGUCACCUAGAAUAAUUUCCAGCAAUAAAUCUGAUCUUAGUAUUUUAGAUCUAUUCGGUGGUGAACUUAUACGGCAUGGUGAUACAGGCUCUUUAAAACGGAAAUUUAACACUGGUUCGCAACAGUCUUCAUUAAACAAUUAUCAUUGUUAUUUUCAUUACAAUUUGGGUUGCUUCAUCUUACCACAAUGGCUUGUUUGUUUAUUGUAUGCAUCAUGUGAUUUAGAUAAUUUCAAUAUUAAGUCAAUUGCUUUAUAUACACUGAUUGAAUUAUUUCAUGCAGCUGUUUCUAUUCAUGGUUGGAGUACAGAAUUUACAUAUUAUUCUAAUGACAUCAAUACUACGACUACUACUACUGAUAAUAAUAAUAGUUCUGAGGAGAAUCAUCGAGGAAACAAUAAUGAGAAUGGCGAUAAAGUAGUUCCUAUGGAUGAUAAACAUGAUGAAGUAAAUCGCGGAAUGCGUUUAGUAUUUCCUGUGCUAAGUGGAGAGUUGAUAUCAUAUCUUUCUCAAAAGACAAAUUUAUUCACGUACUUGGGUGUUUCAUUAUGGCGUUAUCUAUCACCAGAAUAUUCUACGUAUCACGAUGAUACAACAAGUUUACUUGUUCGUCUACAUCAGUUGGCUCCUCCAUUACCAAAAUCUGUCGCUUUUCAAUUAACUCCCGGGUUAUCAGGAUUCCCAUCCAAUAUCAGUUCUUGUAUUGAAGGCUUCAUUCUCUCUCAAAUGCUUUCAUCUGAUUUAGAUAUUAAAAUAGAUGCACAUUCACGUUUUAUUUUAUUGUGGCAUUUAUUGAGAUAUUAUGGAUCACGUGUUCAAUCAAAUAUUCAUCCAUUGACAAACUCUUCAACUAGUACAUCAGUUAAUCAGUUUCCAGUUACUAAACGAUCAUUACAUUCUUCAGUUCAUGAUUCUUUUAGACUAAGUGGCGUAUCCAAUUUCAUAGCAGCUGUAUCAUGGAGGCGUGGAUUUCUUAGUUUGACUGGAGACAGUAAAGUUGGAAACAGUGAUCUAUCAUCUCCUGGUUUAGGUUUGUAUGAUAUUCCUUUCUAUAGAUGUACACUACUCCUAUUGGAUAAUUUAGAUUAUGAUAAUCCACUUGGUCCUAUCGGUUCAAUUGGUUUAACAAAUCUAUUAAGUUCGCAUAGAUCUCAAUGUAAUCUGAAUAAAAAUGAACAAAAUCUAGGUCAUAAUGAAGAAUUGAAUCAAAUGGAUCAUCCAAUUAGUUUUGGAAAUUCUAUUCUAAGAGAACAAUCAAUUGUAUGGUUGGAGAAAGCUUUAAGAACUGGUCAAAUAGAUCGUUUGAUUGCACCAAUUUUAGCUAUAUUAUUACAUCCUUCAACAGCUAGAAUAAGUUUAAAAUCACAUGUAUUAAAACAUUAUUGUCAACAGAUGAAAGUAUCAACAUCAAGUAAAUCAUUCAAUGGUUCUUUAAAAUCAGUUUAUACAGCAGACAUUGACUGCAAACCGCCUUCAUAUGAAGAAGUUGUUAAUAAAAUGAAUUCAACUAGUAUUAAUUCUGAAUCUCCUCCACAUAUUAACCGUAUUCACUCAGAAAAAACAUUUGAUCUAAUGAAUUCAAUCCGUGCAAAGUUUCAACGAUUUCAUUCUACGACGGAAUUGUUAAAUGAAGCAGGAGUAACAAAUGAAAUACACACCUCUAAACAACAAGCCGCUGAAGCUGUUCUCAACUCUGUCCUAUCUAUGCGUUUAAUGCAAGAUGAAAAGAAUCAUUCAUUGUUAGAUUACGUCACAGAUUGGCAUCAUGAUUCUAGAUCACUUUCAAUGUUACCUGUCAAUGAGCAUUUGUUAGUUUAUCUACAAAAUUAUGAUUCUAACCAAGUGAUUUAUGCAUUUUCUCGUCUUCGAUCAAUUCUAUCCAUUGCACCUGGUUUAUUUGUUCGUUCACUUGCAUCAUGUACAAUGAAUUCAAUGUUUUGUUACAAUUUAUAUGGUUUAAAAUUUAUUGAACUUCUAUCAAGACAUCGUCGUUCUAUGGCUGGUUGUAAUUUCUUCACUGCUGCCAGUUCAGAAGAAUUAAGUCAAUCACAACAAAAUUAUACAAAUUUACUGGAAUUAAUUAUGGAUUUAUGUUUACAAUAUAUGUGUAGUUAUUUGCCAUUUAUUACAGUGACGACAACAACAACACCAACUGUCAAUACUACUGUUGUUGAUGAUGAUGAUCACAACAAUCGUACUACCUCAUCCAUGACUAACACUAGUAAAUCUUCCAUUCAAUUCAGUCAUCGUUUUGGCUAUUCUAAACGUGAAUUUCGUUCUAAUCAAUAUGUACAGAAUACAGCAGCAGAGAUUUUAACAUUGAUUGUUGAACAAUUAAUAUCGAUACAAGAUGAAUCUUUUAAUUCAUCACUGAUAAAUUCAACUUUAAAGUCCAACUCAAGUUUGCCCAAUGUUAAGAAUACCUCUUCUGGUACACGUAUACCAGAAUUAUCGUCAUCAUCAUCAGUAUAUUUAACUGGAUCUACAAAUCCAAAUGUUGUUCCUCCUAAUACAAUUACAUUUUCAUCUAUGAUACAACAAGCUAAUGGACGUCGUCUUGUACAAAAUACUAUACAUCAUACUUGUUUACCAUCUGUUGUUUUACAUUGUUUAGCUUCUUGUAUUAUGAAAGUACAUUGGCCUAAAACGGAUAAAAAUUGGUCAGAUUAUUCAAUGCCAAAUGGAAUCAAGCAACUACCAAUUUGUUUACAAUUAAUACUUGUCAAUGAUAUCUUAUCGAGCUUGUCAAAAUCAUUUCAAACUGCCCAGUUACAAACAUUUUUGAAACUUUUCAAUGCAAUUCUUCAUCUGAAACCAUGGUAUGGUUAUUGUGAUCGUAUGUCUUUAGUGAAACAUCAUCAAAUAUCUCAACAAACAUCAACAGAAUUAUGUAAUAGUAGUAAUCAUUUAUUAUGGCCAGUUAGUCCAAGUAUCCUCCUGUUAGAUAAUGAAUUAACAAGUUAUGAUUUAUUGACUCAUUAUAUGACUGAUAUCUGGUCAAUAGCUUGUAAUAAAUUACCUAAUGCCCUAAAUCAUGAACCCUUAUUUCGUGCCAAUUGUUUAACAACAUUAUGGUGGUCUAGCUCUUCGAAAAGUAGUUCUUCAAUGAUAAGCAUUGAAAAAGAUCAAGUGAAUUUAUUCAUUGAAUUAUUAUCGAUUGGAUUAUUAUCACCAUCACCGCCAUCAUCAUCGAAUGACAAUAGUAACUAUACAAGUUUUUUCACAGCUCGUUUAGAUUUACAUUCAUUAUGGUAUAGUUUUGUAUUUAAAAGUUUAUCAUAUUGGGGUUGGUUUAUUGGAUCAUUAAUUCGUGUAACUAUGAAACAAAUAUGUUCAAGUUUAAAUAAACUAUGUGAUCGAGCUUAUCAAGAUAUAAAAACACGAUAUAUGAAUAGUACUAGAAGAUCACAAUUAUCAAAUACAAGUGAAUGGGAGCUUUUACCACCAGACUAUACAUUAACUGUAUUAGCUUUGAUUCAAGGUAUUUGUCAUACGUUUCUUCUGUCAGUUGGCAAUUCUUCUUUACUGCUUACAUCAUCUAGAAAAGUGAAUUCAUUGCAACAAGCGAAUGCAUCAUUGCGUAGUGGUGGUAAUCCACCAACUGUUAGUCAAUUAACUGGUCUCCCAGACUCAAUAGAAGGUGCUUUGGAAAUUGCUGAAAUUCUUUAUCAUCAUAAAUUAAAUCCACCAAAUUCAAGUGGUCCUAUACCAGAAGUUAGUAAUACUGUACCAGCAUUUGAUCCUUUGUUUCCAUCGCCUCUUACAGAGAAUGUUGACCAUUGUUCAAAUACAAUAAACUUUGUUUCUAUGAAUAAUCCAUCUGUGGACAAUGUAUCAAAUUCGGAACCAUCUGUGAUAUUAACCUCCGGAAUCGGCGAUGAUAAGGUGGAGACAACAGAAAUGUCAGUUCAUUCUCCAAGCUCUACUGUAAUAUUUUUGAAUCGUGUAAAAAAUUCUAAAAAUGUGAAUAUUAAAGAUGAUGUAUUAAAUCCUGAAUUACAUCCAUAUGUUCAAGCUCAAAUGGAAGUAUUACGUUUAAUGCCUGAUAUUAUUUCAAGCUUAUCAUUCCUGUGGAAUACUCUUAAUCAAUCACCAUUCUGUCAAUUAAAUAAAGGAAAUUUCUACAAAUCUACUUGUACAAUGAUUAGUCGUUAUCCAGAUAAAGAACAUUGGUCGUUGUUAAACGCACCUAUUCCUUCUGAACGUUUAUCUCCAUUAAUUAGCCUUGGUUCAGCUACUCUUGUUCGUGGGGCUAUUCGUCGGUUAUUAAAGCCUAUCGCAACACAACAUCCAGAUCUCUUAUUGAUAACAACUGCUGUAGCUUGGCCAAAUACAACUUUUGAUAUUGAAACUGGUGGUCUGCUUGCUGGAGUUGAUGCACUUAUAAACUAUGGCCCAUUGGAUAUGCUUAUACCUGUAAGAAUGAAAAGGGAUAAUGGUACUUCAGAAAUGUAUUCCAUUCCUUUACUACAAAAACAAAUUAGUUUAUUAGAUUUAAUUAGUGGUCGAACUUAUGAUGAUAAACAUUAUGGUCCUAUUAUAUCAUCAACAAUAUUAAUUAAUAAUCUACGAGAUUCUAUACGUCGUCCAAUGAACAAUUCAUUUCUAGUACCAAUCAUUAAUACUAUUCAAUGUUCUUAUCAUUCUACUUUGUUAUCUUCUUCAAUGGGUUCAUAUUCACCAUUACAAGAAAUACAAACAUCAUUGAUAACAAGUGGUAGUAAAGUUAUGUCAAAUACAAAUUCUGGAAUAAAUUUAAUUCGUUUACAAACUAAUUUAUUACAUUUAUUUUAUGCAUGGCUUAUUAUGAAAUCAGAUUUUAUAUCAUCUGAUUUAUUACUUAUAUUAAUAAGAGAUUUAAUUAAUUUACCAACAAUCAUUAAUUAUAAUCAUACUAAUAUAAUGAAUAUAACAACAACUACUACUAGUAGUAGUAGUAGUAUAUUGGGCCUAUCACCAGCAGGAAUAUUUAUUCUUAUCAAAAUCUUCAGCAAGUUCUUAGAAACAUCUAAUUUUAGCGAUGACAAACGAGAACAAAAAGAGUUACAGGAAUUAUGUCAUCGACUCAUUGAAACAACAGCUGCUAUUGCUGCAUCUGCAUUGCAUCAACCAUCAUGGUUUCGUAAAACUUUACAAGUUCGUCAACUUGAUGGUGAUUUGACCAAUUCAUGUACAUAUUCCCAGCCAUCAAAUUCUGUCGAUUUAACUGAUCGUAUAUCACUUUCAGGAUCGGAAGUUUUUGAACCUAUUAAUAAAUCUGAUCGAAUACGAAGUGGAUCAUCCGAUUUAACAAAUUCACAUUCAUUUGGACAAUUUAAUACUGCAAAUGAUUCAUUGAAUGAUGUAGAACAAUCUUCUGUAAAAGAUUUAUAUGAUAAAUCAAUAUCACUGCCAUUGCCUUCAUCAUGUUAUUCAAAAUCACGGCAUUCAUCGGUGAAUUUGUUGUCAAAUGAAAUAACGCGUAUCCGAAUGCGCAGUGAUGUGACGAUACAAGCUAUUGAGUUAUUAACAGAGAAUAUGGCUAUAUUUUUGGAUUUAGUAUAUAAAAGUGAUGAAAAAGAUCGUGUAUCAACAUUUUUAAACAAUAUUUUGUGCAAUAUUUUUCCUUAUCUUCGUGUUCGAACAUUGAGUAAUUCAGAUCAUUUUACUGUAGCCAGUAAAUUAAUUGCAUCUAUUAGUAGUUAUCAAUAUACACGAAAAUCAUGGCGUCGUGAUGUUUUGGAUUUAUUUUAUGAACCAAUAUUUUUUCAAAUGAGUCCAGUUGCAUUACAAAGUUGGAAUUUAAUUAUUGACAAUUUAAUGACACAAGAUAAAAGUACAUUUAAAGAAGCAUUAGCUCGUCUUGUAUUCGCUCAACCGGGUGGUUUAAAUUUAUUUACUAGUAAAGAGAGUGAAUAUGAUCAACGUGCUGCCUGUUUGAAAAAAUUAUCUUAUCUAGUCUAUGCAAGCGAACCGGAUCAAUAUGCGAAAGCAAUGCCUGAUUUAUUAGAACGUCUUGCUGAAUGUUUACGUUUAGGUCAAGGCAUCAUUCCAGUAGUUCAUACUCAAGUAUUUUUAUUUGCUCGUGUCUUAAUAUCUCGUAUGUCAGCUAUACAACUGAAUUCUUUAUGGCCUAUAGUUGUACCGGAAUUGUUCCUCACAUUCAAAUCCUUAUCUCAAGCAAUUCAAGAAUGCGUUUCUAAAAUUCAAUCAAGAAAAGUUAAACCUGAUACCUCCACGUCAUCAUCAUCAUCGUUUCUGUCUACUUCACAAAUGAAUUUAUAUAUUAGUGCAUGUAAAUUAUUGGCUACCAGUUUAUUAUAUCCAGAAUAUAGAUUGCCACAAUUUUCCUAUUAUCAAUGGGCAUUUGUCAAAGAUUUAAAUUUUGAUCAUUUAACUAAUCAAGAAGAAAUGACAAAUGUUACCAUAUUGAAUAACAACAACAAUAGAAGAACAUCAUUUCUUCCAUUCCUUUCUGAUGUUCUAAUACAAAUUGAAAGAUUACAAGAAGUUGAUCUAUCCAAUGGUAUUGAUGUGAUAUCCACAGAAGCGUCAUCUAAUUUAUAUCAAAGUUGUUUCAGUAUAUUAGCUUUAGAUAAACUUGUAAACAUUUAUUCACUUAAACCAUUCUUUGAAAGUUUACAUAACAGUUCAAAUAUUGACUCAUCACAAAAUUCAUUCAAUGAUAUUCCAAUACUUGAUAGUUUCCUUCUUGAACUAGCUAUUGAAGCAUCUUUAGCUCAAGAAUUCCCUGAAAUGAUUCCAUCUAGAUAAUAAUAAUAAUAAUCACAUCCAUGAUCAUCUUGAUUAUAUAGAUUUAUACCUACCUCUUAUUCAACUAAUGAAAAUUAAAGAGAACAACAUUGAAUAUUUAUGUUUAUGAUUUAACUUGUCUAUGAACAAGUCGAAAGGAUGCACCUAUUGUCUUUCUAAUUUAUCACCUUCCCUUAUGUUUUUGUAUACAAAUUUUUGUUAUUCAUUGUGUUUGUUUUAGAAUUAUUGAAUUGUUUCCAUUCAUUGAAACAAACCUUAGAUCAUCUUAAUCAUCUAUAUAUUCAAGGCUGUGGCUUUCUUUUUCUUUCUCUUUGUUUUGUUUGUUUUCUUCUUAUCACAUCCCUACUUGUCAAUGUUUCUUUUUCCCAUACUACUUAUAUCUGAUUGUAAAAUUGUUUUCUUUCUUCACCCUUUGAUGUUGUCAUUUAUCCAUCAUAAACAUUCACCAAUACAAGACUAUAAUAAGUAGUUCCAUUGUAAUUGAUGUUCUUGUUAAACAUCAUGUGGUUUAUGUAGUAGGAUAGGAAAACAUCAGAGGUUUUUUUUCAACGAACACCAGAAAAUGCAAAGAGACUAUAAUUCCUUAAUUCUUUGAAGAAAAAUGUAAUCCAUAAGGCUUCUAUCUUGUUCCAUUCAACACUUUUGUUACAUUUCAAUGUUUAUCUAUGUGAUUGUAUGUUAUUACAUUAUUGAAUACAUAUAUAUGAUUACGUUUUAUGAUG